CCAUCUGCUGACUGCUGAUGCAUUACUCAACUCACCACUCUUUUCAUAUUCAUAUUUAGACACAUUAUUUCACUUCUAAAUCCCAUUCUUUCUUCUUCUUUUUUCUGGGUGUUAUUUUGCUGUUUCAGAAACACAUUCUGCUUCAUCUUUCAUUUCUUUUUUAGCAAGUCGCUGUUCUGUAAGCUGCGGUAACUAGAGAGACAUAGUUGGGCUGAUUUUUCUUCUUCAGCUGUUGUCUAGGAGCUGCAACAAAGGUCAAUGAUUCCAGUUGUACGAAGUUGUACGAUGUAAGUUGGUGCAGGACUAGGGUGAGUUCAAGGGCAGAAACCAGGACUCCACCCUCUUCUUGUGAAGCUAGCUGCCAUCCCCUGGAAAGUCUCUUGAAUAUUGGUGAAGACCAUAACAUGGCUGGCCCAUAUUUUGAUCCUGAAUAUGAAAACUUGAGCAUCAGAAUUAAUCCUCCGAGGGUUUCUGUGGAUAACUCCAGUUGCAGUGACUGCACCCUAGUUAAGGUUGACAGCAUGAACAAACCAGGAAUACUGCUGGAAGUCGUACAAAUCCUAACUGACCUUGAUCUCAUCAUCACAAAAGCUUACAUUUCCUCUGAUGGUGGAUGGUUUAUGGAUGUCUUCCAUGUUACUGAUCAAAACGGGAAGAAAAUUACAGACAGCAGGACCAUAGAAUAUAUAGAAAAGGCUUUGGGACCCAAGGGCCAAGCAGCUGAUUGGAUAAAGAGUUGGCCAGGAAAAAGUGUCGGACUACACUCUGUUGGUGAUCACACAGCAGUUGAGCUGAUAGGCAGGGAUCGUCCAGGUCUCUUAUCGGAGAUCUUUGCUGUUCUCGCUGACCUUCACUUCAACAUAGCUGCUGCUGAAGUUUGGACCCACAACACACGAAUAGCUUGUGUCCUAUAUGUUAAUGACGACACCACCUAUCGUGCUGUGGAUGACCCUAGCAGAUUAUCUUUGAUGGAAGAGCAGAUCAAGAACAUUCUUGGUGGGACCCAAGACGAUGAGCAAGCGACUCACACUAGUUUUUCCAUGGGAUUCACCCAUGUUGAUCGACGUCUUCAUCAGAUGAUGUUUGCUGACAGGGAUUAUGAAGGUGCUGUCACAGCAACCGAAGUGGAAUAUCCUCUUCCUCUCAAGCCUAAAAUCUUUGUUGAACAUUGUAAGGAAAAGGGGUACUCGGUAGUUACAUUAAAGUGCAAAGAUCGACCGAAGCUUAUGUUUGAUAUUGUCUGCACACUUACGGAUAUGCAGUAUGUCGUUUUUCAUGCAACCAUCUCUUCUGAUGGCCCAUACGCAUCGCAGGAGUACUACAUUCGACAUGUGGAUGGCUGUACAGUUGACAUGGAAGGAGAGAAGGACAGGGUUAUUAAAUGCCUUGAAGCUGCCAUUCAAAGGAGAAUAAGCGACGGUCUGAGCCUAGAACUGUGCGCAAAGGAUCGAGUUGGAUUACUAUCCGAAGUGACAAGGAUUCUCCGAGAACAUGGACUGUCAGUAAUGAGAGCAGGUGUAUCCACUGUUGGAGAAAAGGCAAAGAAUGUGUUCUAUGUAAGGGAUUCUUCAGGGAAUCCGGUAGAUGUCAAGACUAUUGAAGCACUCCGAAAAGAAAUUGGACUUACAAUGAUGCUCAACGUGAAGAAAGAUCCCGUCAGCACUACGGCACCCCAUGAAGCUAGAGGAUGGGCCAAAACCAGUUUCUUCUUUGGCAGUCUGCUUGAGAAGUUCUUACCUUGAAAAUAAAUGCCAGGAUGGCAUUUGUAUGUACGUAUGUAUGUAUCAUUUUGGUGUACAGACUAAUAAACUUGUCUCCAAAGAAGGUAGCUACUGGAAUGCUUUUGUAUCAGAAGAUAGUUAUCUCAUGCAGUCAUGCUGGUCCUCGGUCACUAUUUCACCUGUUACCUGUCAUCAAGAGUCGCCGGACUUUACAGAAGACAAGAUCCGGCGUUGCCAUCGUGCUCUGAUCGAUCGUCCGAUCUGUUAAUUUAAUGAUAAUUUUAGGUAGUAGAUAUGUAGGAAGAGAACCAUAGGAGUCUAGGACAAAGUACAAUUUGAGAUGGGACUAAUAGUUCUUACUUAAUAGAGCUAGUGGCUUUGGUUAAACAUAAUGUAUUUUUAUUUCAUGUUGAUGCAGGAAAGGUUCCACAAAAUUUUAUACAUGCUCGCGGUUUGACUUUUGUGGUCAAACUUUAUAAA